AUCAUCACCAAUGGUCGCAAUCUUAGAGAGCGUAGUGGUAGCAGUCGUGUAAAUGGGACACAGAAGAGAAUCGUCUGGCUUCUCCGCUCAUGACUUCAUCUCCUUUGAUCCGCCAGAAAUCAUUGGUAUCUACGCAAAGCGAUUCAGGGAUAGUCUUCCCCCAACAGAGCGAGGAACGAGGAUACAUGAUGGAAGAAAUGAUACCUUCUCAACA